UCGCAACAGGGAGUCUAAAGGGUUCAGUUCAAAACAGGUUAUUAUCAAUAAUAUGGUUCACUGAAUUCCGUCCGGAAUCAAUGUAUUCACUACAGGGGGCUGGUUACUGCCGAUUUGAUGCUGAAGCGCAGAGUCCGUCAGGUUCUUGCCCGUACCGCUCACAGACGCUGGAUGUUUGAUGAGUGCGCGUGAAGGAGAAGGUUUUGGCAGUGAACUUGCAAGGAGCUCUUCGACCGUCCGACUGCACUACGACACUCGAAAUCGCGUGCGGUGCGCUUCCAAUGGAAUGAGAGUGAUUCAACUCAGGAGGGGUGAUCCAGCUGGGGCUGAGGUGUAAAACAAGCUAGAAGGUGGCAGCUAUUUCCCCCAGGUGCUGGCAUGCUGAGGAUUCCGGAAAAUGGAAGUUAUUUUUGGACGUCUAAAGUAACUAGGCAGUCUUCAUGAUUCGGUGUAGAGAACAACGGAGAGAAGACCAAGAUCAGAAGUUAUUCAGGCGACUUUUAACGAAGUGUUUAGCAAGCAAGUCUAGCUAGUGAUACGGAAUGUUUACUCAAUUCCAGUUAGUUAAGAUAGGUUAGAUUAGCCUACGUUCUUUUGACCAUACCAAACUCCAUAUCCACAUAAACUAUUUUCGAAAGAAACCAAAUUUACACUAAUGUCAAGUCUAAUUACUGCAGAAAAUGGUAAUUUGAAGUACAACUGAAGCAGUGGAAACACUUGCCGACGACUCGCGUAGAAGACGAAAAGCAGUUUAUCAGUAUCAACUACGCAAGACAAAAAGAUGAAGUCUGCAGCAUUCAUAUUUCUGCUUAUCAGUUCUGCUGCCUGUGUCAAUCUGAAAUACAUUUCCAAGAGGAACUCUGUGGACGGUUGUAUUGACUGGUCAGUGGACCUGAAGACAUACCGUGUUCUGGCAGGAGAACCUCUGAGAGUGAAGUGCGCCCUUUUCUACAGCUACAUCCGCACCAACUAUAGCAUGACUCAGAAUGCCAAGCUGCGGCUGAUCUGGUACAAGAACAAGGGGGACUCAGAAGAGCCCAUUAUCUUCUCUGGCCACCGGCUCAGUAAGGAGGGUGACUCCAUCUGGUUCCGCUCAGCGGAGAUGGAAGACAAUGGCUUUUACACUUGUGUGCUCAGAAACACAACAUACUGCAUGAAGGUGUCCAUGUCCUUGACAGUAGAGGAAAGCGAUGAAGAUCUCUGCUUCAGCAGUCGAAUUCGCUACAUAGAGAAGGCAGAGGUCACUAAAAGCAAAAUGAUCACCUGUCCUGACAUCGACGACUACCUAGCCCCUUACAAACAGCCCAUCAUGGCGUGGUACAAGGAGUGUCAAAAGAAACUCUGGAGGAGUUCCAUAAUCAUCAACACCACCAACCUCUAUAUUCCAGUGGUGCAGGAGGAGGAUGAAGGGAAUUACACAUGUGAGCUGAAGUAUGGGAGCAGAGUAGUCAGGAGAACAACAGAACUCAAAGUAACAGCUCUCCUCACAUCUAGACCACCGAAAGUCCUAUUCCCCACAGAGGGACAGGCCAAUAUUAUAGAAGUCCAAGUGGGCAUGCCCCUCAGUUUGGACUGCAAAGCUUUCUUUGGCUAUAGUGGAGAGUCCCGACCAAUAAUCUACUGGACGAAGGGGGACAAGUUCGUAGAAGAGUUGGAAGGACAUGUCAGAGAGAGUGAAGUUAGGGUCACCAGAGAGUACUUGGGAGAGAAAGAAGUGGAGCUGAGUCUAACCUUCGAUGCUGUGGAGGAGACAGACAUGGGCAACUACACCUGCACUGUGGAGAACCAUAAUGGGCGUGGGCGUGGAAGUGUCCUCCUUCAGAAGAAAGAUGCAUACAGGUUGGAGCUGGCUGGUGGGCUUGGAGCCAUCUUGUUGUUGCUAGGGGUCUUCACAGCCAUCUACAAGUGCUACAAUGUGGAGAUUAUGCUCUGUUAUCGACAUCACUUUGGCAACGAUGAGACAGAGGAUGACAACAAGGAAUAUGAUGCCUACCUCUCGUACACCAAAGUGGACCUGGACUCCGUGGGGCCAGAGAUAAGUGAGGAGGAGCAGUUGGCUCUGGAGAUCUUACCUGACGUGCUGGAGAAACACUAUGGCUACAAGAUGUUCAUCCCAGACCGAGAUCUCAUUCCCACCAGCAUCUACAUUGAGGAUCUGGCACGAAGUGUGGAGCAGAGCAGACGCCUCAUUUUCGUGCUGACCCCUGAGUUUGUGGCAAGGCGUGGCUGGAGUAUCUUUCAGUUGGAGCCACGGCUGCACAGCAUGCUGGUGACGGGCGAGAUCAAGGUCAUUAUGAUCGAGUGUGCUGACCUCCGCAACAUCAUCAACUAUCAAGAAGUGGAGGCCCUCAAGCACACCAUCAAAGUGCUCUCCAUCAUCAAGUGGCGAGGCACCAAGAGCAACCAGCUGAAGUCCAAGUUUUGGAAGCAGGUGGUAUAUGAGAUGCCUGUGAAAAAGAAAGAGACUCUGUCUCGCCGACAGGUGCUGGACUCUGGUGAGCAGGGCCUCUUUGGCGACCUGCAGGCUGUCUCUACUAUCGCCAUGACGACCACCUCACCUACAGUGGCACCUGCCCAUGCUGAGAUCCCAGACUUUAAUCAGUCUACCCUCCCACAGAUGCGACACUUCUGCCGGAGCUAUGAGUAUGAGAUGCCAGCCUCAUCACUACAAAUAGCGACACUCAGCAACCGUCACAUGUACUGCAAUAUCCCUAUGACGCUGCUCAAUGGACAAAUGACCCAGAAUAACACUGGGGGAAAGGCCAAGCAAGAUUUUCACUUAAACAACACAUUCGUCCCACUGUCAGGGCGAGAACUCAGCAGUGAUAUCUGGUAGAAACAUCAACGGCAAUAUCUUCCAAGGUCCGUCACUUUUUUUGGUUUUGUUUUCAUCUGAUCUGCAUGAUAUAAUUUCAAAAAGACUGUAAACAUGAUAUUUUGCUCCUUCCUUCUGGGCCUUUAAUUAGCUGUGUUCAUUUUAAGGUUUUGUUUCAGCUGAAAAAUAAAAAAAAUCUCAAUAUAAAGUUGCUAUGAAUAUAAUUUUCCUACUUGAAUUUCUCCUUUUUGGAGAUGAGUAAUAAGAAACCUUGUUUUUCAUGUUCAAGGAAUUGAUAGUAUGUACAGUUUCAUAUCUUAUGAAGACAUUCAAGAUUCCUUAAUAUUGGUCUGUGAAUUGAUUGAGCCCACAUUAAAAAGUUUUUGCCUAGAACUUUUUCAUUUUCAGGUGAGUGACUGCUUUGGUCAUUGCAGCACAAUUAUGUAAAGGCAGGUUGAACACAUUUGAUGUGAGCUUUAAAAAUAUUACAGUAUAUUAAACAAAUAAAUGCUAAUUAAAUUAACAAAAAAAUUGUGUUUGUUGGAAGCCAAUUAAAUAUUAAAUAUUGAUAUUUAAGUAUUUUAAAAACUACAGUUUGCUUGAUUUUCAGUGAGUUAAGUUUGCUGUCUCUUCACUGAGGACUCAAAAUGAAGUUUUCUUAAGGCUUUCUGUCUAAUUAUGUUUUUUGUUUGUUUGUUUAGUUGGUUGGGGUUUUUUUUUUUUAAGAGAGAACUUGCUUUUUUGUCUGAUAGACCCAGCAGUUGUACCUUGUAUCAAACACAAAUUAUGCCAGUCAACUGUAUUCAUUUUAUUAUUUACAUAUAUUAUUCAGUACACUCUCGUAGCAUUUGUAUGUCAUUAUAUCAUGACACCUUUUCUUUAUCGGAAAGUGUUGCCACUACAUCUAGGGGUCUCUGGCAUAAAAUGCACUCUGUAGCCAACACUGACAGUGAGUUCUUUAGAAUGAUUAAAUGACACCAAAUUCUCUUGGUGAUUUUCAUGUCAUCUUUU